UUUCAGACAUCUUCCAAAUGUGAAGAAAAAUCAUGAUUUUUAAUCCACAGUUUUCGAAACUUUUGGUGAUUUGUUUGCUGAUUCUCAUCACCCUCUUUGACCUGUCAGAAGCCUGUUCCUGCUCCUCAAAAUGCGUAAAAUCUUCAUCGAUGGCGUUGAAAGGACGGAUUCGUCAGGAGACUGAGGAGGAAGGAGGUCCUGAAGCGAAAUUGGCAGUUAUGGCGGUAGUUUACAUGGAUGGAUUGCCCUAUGAGGAAGGAAGAUGGGAUGUCUUAAAGAACGAAUCCUCACUAACAAUCGACUGGCUUCCAAUGUCCCAUGACGUCAUCGAAUCUUCCAGAAGACCCCCAAAACUUAAAAGUGUACAUUUCGUGGAUGUUGGACAAGAGACAACUGCGAUUGUCAUGGAAUUACUUUUUGAUUUGUUAAAUAUGAAGUUGAGGUCGACAUAUGAGUUAAGGGUGGGCUCAAUUUACGACACAAAAUGCGAUCGAAUGCUGGAUUUGACCACCCAUGCAGCGCUAAACGUUACAUUUGCCUGUGAGCGAAUUAUUGGAGCCGACUGCCGGGAUGCUAUAAAAAUCGAUCAUCACCCGGUAUGUAACCUGAUGAGAAACUACCAUACCCGUGUGGUUGAGCUGAAAAUCCCCGAGGAUCCUCAGGUAGAUGUGCUGAUUUCUAUUGAGAAAAAUGCGCAUCGCCUUCGGAAAAUGAGAUACUUUGUUAUCUUUUAUGGAAAGUGCGAAGAAAACUCGAAAACCGAUCAAGGCGAGUGCGUUUUGGAUAUGGAAAAGGCUGAAAUUUCUAGAUUCUGCGUGCCAAACCGGGCGAACUGUACAAAAUAUAAUCGAAAAUUCUCCCUGACAAUAGAGAACUACGACGCAUCGGUGAGAUAUGGGGUGCAGAUUUGUGGGAUUUUGGAUCAUCGAUUUGAGGCUCCGCCGAUUGUUGCGGGUACCAGUAAAAUUGCGGCGGAUGCUUUGACUGUAUCCACAAAAUCCACAGCUUCCCUAUCAGUAAUUGCCCCUGCGGAUUCUCUACUGCGAACUUUAAUUGGAUAUGCAUUCGUACUAGCAUUCCUACUAAUAAUUCUGAUAAUUUUCAUCAGCUAUAAAUGUGCAACAGGGCGCUGGUGUAAGGGAAAUACUCAGGAGAGUGACCAAUUUCUUAUGGACGAGAAUAGUUUGACCAUUUUCGAGGAUAUAAUUAUUGGAAAAGGACGGUUCGGAACUGUGCAUCUUGGUCAAUUAUCGUCAGACUGGCAUGGUCCUGUGGUUCUUGACGAUCAGCAAAGGGUUGCUGUCAAGACAAACCGCUACUUGGACAAAUCGAGAAAAAGUGAUUUUUUCGAUGAAAUUGAAGGUGCUAAAGAAGUCGGGAGACACUCUAGAGUCCUAUCCCUGAUAGGAACAGUUGUCAAAAAUGGGAAUGUGCUACAUGUUAUGGAGUACUGUAGUAAUGGGAAUUUGUUGGAUUACCUGAUUGGGAAACGGAGGUAUAUGGUGGAGCUCCAAGGCAAAGGGGUAAACCUGAAUGAAUCUCUGCCGAGCCUCAAUGAUAUCGAUUUUGACGAAGUGAUUUCAAUUCACGAUCUCUACCGUAUCGCGUCUCAGAUAUGUACAGCCAUGAUGUUUUUGGGCUCAAAAAGUAUUGUUCAUAAUGCACUUUGUGCCAGACACGUCAUGAUUUCUUCGGAUCAUAAUGUGAAAUUGGCGGAUUUCGGAAGCAUUUCCACACCUACCACGCCUAAUUGCACACCCGUGGAAAAUCAAUACAAAUGGUGUGCGCUGGAGUUGCUACGUGGCGAGACUGCCACAUGCCUCUCAGACGUCUGGUCCUUUGGUGUGGUUUUGUGGGAGAUAUUUACGAUGGGUGGAUGUCCGUAUUAUAAUGUGCCCGAUGUUGGAAUACGUGGAUUAGUGGAGAAAGGGUUUAGGUUGCAAAAACCCGAUGGAUGUAAUAUUCAAAUCUACCAAUUGAUGCGGGAAACAUGGCUGGACAGCCCCACAGACCGCCCGACUUUCAGCCAAAUUUCUCAAAGAAUCUCACAAUCUGCAACCCAGUUCUCACCGGACGCCUCACGGAACUUUUUAACGAUCUCCACACUUUGUGACUACUACCUCGAUGACGUCACUUCACGCUCAACUCCUGCUACGUCAUCACUGCCACGUCGCCAACAAACCCACUACGACGCGGCAGCACUGAUUUCGGAAUCCGAACGGCUUUUGGGAUACCGACUCUAAUAUUUUUCUGAAAAAUAAAUGUAAAUGAAAUGCAAUAAAUUAAAUUAUUCAUUUAAAU